UCGCGGCAUUAGAGCGCUUACAGCCAGCAGCGGAAAAAAGGACAUAUAAGAAAUUAAAUAUUUAUUAUUUUUUAGGGGAACGUUCUCCUUUUUCUUCACUAAUCCUAUUUUAAAAAUGGCAGACACAAAAGUGGAUUCCGCCACGGAAAUCUCCGCCAAGGACUUGAAGGAGAAGAAGCUCCUGGAAGAGAAGGAAAAUGGAAAGGAGGCUGCUAAUGGAAAGGAAAACGAGGAGAACGGAGAGCCAGAGAUUGAUGAGGAAGAGGAGGAUGAAGUAGAUGAGGAAGAUGAGGAGGAUGAUGGAGAAGGUGAUGAAGACGAAGAUGAGGAGGAUGAUGAUGAGCUUGGAGGAGGAACGAAACGAGGGGCUGAUGAUGAUGACGAGGAUGAUGAGGAUGAGGUGGACCCCAAGAAGCAGAAGACGGACGAUGACGAUUAAAGGAUUGUUCCCUGCUGCUUAUCCUCAGCACGGGUGUUGGAUGCCAGUGGCAUAAAGGACUCGAACAUAAACAUGGUCAUUUUUUCUCCCCAGUUCACCGCCCGCGUUCAACCAACCAACUAACCCCCCAAAAAUGCAAAAUUUUCUAGAGGGAACACCACCCAGCGCCCAAGAUCUCCCACCAUUCUCAAAACUCAACUCAAAAAAACGACAAAAUACACAAGACGAGGGUUUGUUUGUAUUUUUAUUUACAUUUUAUAUUUUUGUACAUAUUGUUGAGAGAUCAGUCACUUUAUCAUGAUCUCCUGUGACCAAAACGGUGCUUCUUUAUGGAAAUUUUACUUGUCUGACCAUGUCUCGGAUCUUCAACUGAAACGGAUAAAAAAAGGAAACGUGUAUAAAAAAGAAACAAAUCAGCCAUUUAACUCAGAGCAUUCCAGUAAAAGUUUUAUGUAUGAACUUUAGUUGUACCAUAACUAGUUGUACCAUAAACUAGUUUUUUUGUUUUUUUUUUGUUCUUUUUUUGUUUUGUUUUGUAUGGGAGGGCUAGGCCAAAGAAAAGGAGUUACUUUUCUUUCUGAUUUAUUUUGUCUGCAUAUGUUUUACCUUGGCCUGUUUGUGUGUGUGAAGUUUGUUGUUCAACAAUAAACCUGACUUUUAUUUUGUGA